AUUUGCAAUGAGUGUAACGCGUGGAUGUCCAUUGUAGUACUUUCAUCAGAACUUCCUCCCGCUUUAUUCCUGCUAUCUGUAUACAUCUUUGCGCACUGGACCUCGUGCCCGCUUCUAGGUAGCGAACCGUAACAAUGGGAAUUCUAGAUUCCAUCCUACGAGCCCUUGUUUCAUGCAUUUGCGGACCAGAAGAUGGGAAACGACCAACUGAACCUGAAGAUGUUUAUGUUCCACCUGUAGUCAGUCAUAGACCGCCUGUUACUUUUCAGUCACCUUCGUACCAUUCAGGACCUUUGCAGCAGCAUAUACCACAACAACAUCCACAAUACCCACCGCAGCAACCGCAUGCACCUCAGCCUCACAAGCCUCAGAGCCCGCCGAGGCAGCAUACACCAGGUCCACGCGUCGACCAGAACCAAGUAAACCAACAAAAUGAACACUACACAUCCCUCCGAGCCCGGGCAAAUGAGGAAGGUGAUAAAAUGGCCCAAUGCUUUGAACGCAGCCAUGAUGCGUACCAAGGCGGAGAUGGAGCCCUUGCGAAGGAGUUGUCGAAUGAGGGAAAGGCGCACCAGAGGGAAAUGGAUAGGUUGAAUCGGGAAGCAAGUGAAUGGAUAUACGUCGAGAACAACAAGGAUAGUAAGCCUGGAGAAAUAGACUUGCACGGUCUCUACGUGAAGGAAGCUAUUUCAUAUGCUGAUCGAGCUAUUCAAGAAGCUCGACAACGAGGAGACGCGGAGGUUCAUUUCAUAGUUGGCAAAGGACUGCAUUCGAAGAAUGGCAUGGCCAAGUUGAAACCAGCCAUCGAAGAGCUCAUGCAGAAAAACCAACUCGUAGCCGAACUUAAUCCUAACAACGGCGGUGUGCUGGUCGUGAGUCUGGACGGCAGAGAGAGAGGAGCAGGGCGGGUCAUGCACCCGGACGAUAUCGCUAGAGGAAUCGAGAGCAAGGAGGAUGGAUGCAUUAUCAUGUAAAGACAUGGUAUGUUGCUAUCGCGUAUUUAUGACUGCAGAGAAGCUUUAUGCAACGCUCGGCAUUUUAUUCUUGAUCAGUGUCUAUCGCAAGGUUUCUUCAGUCGAAUAGCGUGCGCCUCAAUAACUGCAUUUAUUUCACCUUGGUGCAUUCUGCACGUAGGGACUUCCCUUGACUCUAAAUUUUUUUUCACCU